AUGGUGACGAAAGUGAACGAAUGGCCUAUCGUCGACGAAAGCACAGUCAAUUCGGACCAAUCAGAGGCGACGGCAAAGUUAAAGGUGGUCAGUGACGGACCGAAAAGAGUUCCAGUAGCACAGAGCUGCAGAAAACAAUGUACAGUGCCAUCAAAGUGUGUUCUUGGUGUGUCGAAUGGACCACAACGGAUACAGCGACCCAUCACUCAACAAAAGCCAGUAAGCCAAAAGCCUCCUGUCAGGACAACUUGCCCUGGAGACCAGAACAUCAACCUGGUUCAAGUGAAACCCCAAACACAGAAUCCACCCAAGAGCAUUGCUGCUGCUGCUCCCAUGAGCUCUGAAUCAGGCAAAAAUAAGGAGCCAGCCAAACAGGAGAGACCAAAUCAAAAAACUUGCAAUGGCUCAUCCUCCAGUAACAGUGCUGCAAAGAAGCGCUGGAGUCUGGAGAAUUUCGACAUUGGGCGACCUCUGGGCAAAGGGAAGUUUGGUAACGUAUAUUUGGCCAGGGAGCGUCAGACCAUGUUCAUUUUGGCACUGAAGGUGCUCUUCAAAAAACAGCUGGAGAAGGCUGGGGUGGAGCAUCAGCUCAGGAGAGAGGUCGAGAUCCAGUCACAUCUCAGACACCCCAACAUCCUGCGUUUGUAUGGCUAUUUCCAUGAUGCCUCACGUGUCUACCUUAUCCUGGAGUUUGCGCCAAAGGGAGAGCUGUACAGUGAAUUACAGCGCUGUGGUACUUUUGACAACCAGCGGAGUGCCACGUACAUUAUGGAGUUGGCAGAUGCUCUGAACUACUGCCACUCUAAGAAUGUGAUCCACAGAGACAUAAAGCCUGAGAACCUCCUACUGGGGGCCAAUGGAGAGCUAAAGAUAGCAGAUUUUGGCUGGUCAGUUCACACUCCAUCCUCCAGGAGGUCAACUUUAUGUGGAACACUGGAUUACUUACCUCCUGAGAUGAUUGAGGGAAAGACUCACGAUGAGAAGGUGGACCUGUGGAGUUUGGGAGUGCUGUGCUAUGAGUUUCUUGUUGGACGUCCCCCUUUUGAAACAAAAAGCCAUGAAGAAACCUAUCGCAAGAUAUCAAGGGUGGAGUUCAGCUAUCCUGCCCAUAUGAGUGAGGGUAGUAAAGAUUUGAUUAGCAGGCUGCUGAAACACAACCCCAUGCACCGUCUGCCUAUCCAAGGUGUGCUGCAGCACCCAUGGGUUGUGGAGAACUCUACCAAGAAGCCAACCACUAUCUCCACUGGCUCUUGCACCGGCCAAUGA